AUGUCCAUGGUACUCACGCGCUCGCCCUUGGAAGUCAUCAGCAUGAACGGAGCGGGUACAUCGAAGCGAAGGAGCGCGCGAUUGUCGCACGAGGGCGUGGACGACAAUGAACCACCUAUGAAGAGAAGUCGGGCCAAUGGCGGAGGCGCGCAAGCUACGACGGUAGGCACGAAGGAGCAGGAUGGUGACGCGAAUGCUUUGGCGCGUCGGAGACCGCGUAAAGUCUAUGAGGAGGAGGUGGAUGGGUUCGCGUUCAAGAAGGGUGGGAGGAAGGCGAAGGACGUGAAGCAGCCGGCUGGGCGCAAUGGGGUGGCGGAGAAGCAGUCGCCUGCGAAGGAUAGAGAGGCUAUGCCGCCACCUCCUGCUCCAGUAGCGCCGGCAGCUGCUCAGCCACAGGCGCCAGUUUCGGCACCGAGCGAAGAUACAGCGUCGAAACCUGUCGUGAAGAAAGUUCGGAGACGGUUUCCUACAACACCUGAGCGAGAAGCGGCGGAGAAGCCAAAACGAAGAAGCAAGCGAUUGUCGAAUGAAGGCUCGUCUUCCGAUCCGACUGCGGCGCCAUCACCAUUGAAGCCCUCUCACGCCAAGUCGCACGGCAACACAGAACGGUCGCCGAGUCCGGAUAAAGCACGACCGGUGACCGUGGAAAAGAAGCGCAAGCGAGGCGCGAAUGGCUUGGAAGAAGAGGAGAAAAUCAUGCGGAUCGUCCUUCCAUUCCAGGACACGCCUGUCAUUCGACGCAACAAGGAGAUGCGGAAGAGUAGCGCAGAUGGCAACCGGCGAAGCAGUUCAGGCAUGAGAGGCAAGCGAGCGAGCAGUCUGAUUGAUGAGGGGCGUGGUAAUGCUCUACCUCAUGCAGAAGUGCCAGAAGCAGAGUUCUUCAAGCAUAUCUCUGCGGACCUUACGGAACCACGACGAAUGCGAUGUCUGCUUGGCUGGUGCGGUACUCGAGCUUUGCCACCCAAGCCAGACGCGCCGAAGGACAGCAGUCCUGCUUCGAGUAUGGAGUUUCAAGCUUUGCAAGCAGCUCGCGUCAUACAAGAAGAGCUUUCGCAGGAUCUGGUCACGAAAGGCACACUUAGUGAUUGGUUCUCUCGUGAUGAGACAGUGGUGCCGAAGAUACCGUUGCGGAAGAAACCGAAUCCACGGAAUAUUGCCAAUGCUGCCAAGGCUGAAGAGCUUGAAAAGGAGCUCGAGAGACUGAAGAAAGAACGAGCAGACUGGGAUACUCUCAUGAAAUCUGCCCUCUCUACACCGCCACCAGCAGAAUCUGGAGCAGAGGACGAACAACAUGUUCUCUCGCCAGUAAAUCUCGACCUCCUCGACAGCCCCGAACGAGCUAUUUUCGAGCAACUGCAAGCGCCAACCACCGAAAUCGCAACAGACUCGACAGCAAUACAACAACGACUACAGCAUGUAGCUGAGAACCUAGAAUUCUCCGUCGAUCAAUUCGCGCACGGCGUCCACGCUCUCUCGACUACGAGGAAUACUGCUGAGAAGCUGGCGGAGAGGACUUUGGCUGAGGCGGCAGAUAUGCUCGAUGAGAGGGAGAAGGCGAGGAGGCAGGAGAGUAAGGGUGCUGAUGCUCUUGAUGCUUUGAGGGCGCUUGGAAAGGUGUUGAAUGGGCGGAGGAGAUGA